AUGCAAAAGACAGAAACUUGGAUUAUCACCUGCUUUUGUCUUCAACUACUCCUGCUUAAUCCUCUUGUCAAAGCCCAGAGUUCCUGCGGGAAUCCAGUGACAGAUGAUGUGAAUGACAUUGCAAAAUUGGUCGGAAAUCUCCCAAAUGAUUAUAUGAUAACCCUUAAAUAUGUCCCGAAGAUGGAUAGUCUGCCUAAUCACUGUUGGUUGCAUUUGAUGGUGCCUGAAUUUUCAAGGAGUCUACAUAACCUUCUCCAGAAAUUUUCAGAUAUUUCAGAUAUGUCUGAUGUUUUAAGCAACUAUUCAAUCAUCAAUAAUCUCACAAGGAUAAUUAAUGAUCUUAUGGCAUGCCUAGCUUUUGAUAAAAAUAAGGAUUUUGUAAAAGAAAAUGGUCACCUUUAUGAAGAAGGUCACUUCAUUCCUGAGGAUUUUUUUAGGCACUUUAAUAGUACCAUUGAGGUCUACAAGGAGUUUGCAGACACGUUGGAUAAGAAUGACUGCAUUCUGCCUUCAACAGUAGAAACACCAGAGAACGAUUCCAGAGUCGCUGUCACAAAAACAUUUUUGUUUCCUCCUGUUGCUGCCAGCUCCCUUAGGAAUGACAGCAUUGGCAGUAACACUAGCAGUAACAAAGAGGCACUUGACUUCGUUAGCAGCUCCAGCCUGCAAGGGAUCAGCAUAGCACUGACAUCGUUGCUGUCUCUUCUUAUUGGCUUUAUUUUGGGAGCCAUAUACUGGAAGAAAACACAUCCCAAAUCCAGACCAGAAAGUGAUGAAACUACGCAGUGUCAUGACUGUCAAGAGGAAAAUGAGAUAAGUAUGUUGCAGCAAAAAGAAAAAGAACAUCUACAAGUGUAG